ACGAUGGAGGAUUUCAAAAACAAUUUCAAGGAAGCCAUCUCUACGGGCGAUACCAAGGAAAUUAUGCACCUUAUCCAAUCAUUACUAGAUGUACGCGACGAUAUGACUCAAGGAGACAAGACUCGUGUUCUUGGACAAGGGCUUUAUGACGUCAUUAUUUCUCCAAAUCUUACGGUUAAUCUCGUUCGUCUGCUAACAAAAGCGGGAGCAGACGUUAACCACACAGAUUGUUUCAAACAAACGGUUCUGUUACAAGCUCUCGGUGAACGAAAAAGCAGCUCAGAAAUCACAACAGAAAUCGUACACUUUCUUAUCCAGAAUGGAGCCGAGAUCAAUCACAAGAACAUCAACGGACAAACGGACUUUCUUCAUCUCUUCUCGAAAGGCGUACUCCCGAAUCUUGUUUUGGUGCAAUUGAUAGAAAAAGUGCUAAAUAUUUUGGAGAAAGAUCUCCUUACCGGAGGAAGUUUUCUACAUUUGGUUUCAAAGUGUCAAGAAAAGGAUAGAUGUUCAUUGAUGAAAAAAUUGCUAGAAAGGGGUGUACCUGUGAAUAGUAGGGACAACAAUGGAGACACUCCUUUACACAUCAUGGCUGGUGUUGGAGACGCUGAGUCCAUGAGAUAUCUUAUCGAAAAUGGAGCCGACAUCUACGUCAAAAACAGAUUGGGAGAGUCGAUAUUUCACUACCUUGCAGAAAAUGCACAUUUAGUAGGUGUUCAAGAGAUAAUGGAUAUGUUGAUAGAAAAAGGACUCGAUAUCAACGGAAAAGAUUAUUCCGGUAAAACAGUGAUCCAUCACGCCGUCAUUUCGAAACAUACAACAGUUGAAACGGUGGAAGAACUCUUGAAACGAAAUGUGGUCGUGAAUAACAAAGAUGCGAGAGGGAAAAAUGAAAUUUUCUGUGCCGUUGAACAAGUGGACAUGGAAUAUAGUCAAACCGAACUAGAACGUAGGGCAGAGGUUAUCACGUACCUAGUCAAAGCCGGCGUCAGUGUGAAUGAACGAAGCACAGACGGGAUUUCACCUCUUCAUAUGGCCACUUUGACGAACGAGUUGGACAUUCUCGUUGCCCUGCUCGACUGUGGUGCUGACGUCAUGCAGAGGACUAAAACUGGUGCUACAGCCCUUCAUUGGGCAACUAGACACUACAACAUGCUACAUGUUACCAUUCAUUUUUAUCUGGACGGAAACCAUGACUUAAACGCAGUGGACGACUACGGAUCCACCGCCCUGCAUUGGGCUGUGUGGUUCAAGAAGAAAUUUGCCGCGCAGACCUUAUUACAAGUUGGCUAUGAUUAUACUAUAAAGGAUAAGUCUGGUAACACUCCAGAAAUGUUUGCAGAAAUGUUAAAUUUUUCGCAUUUUUCUUGGUUAAUCGAUGGAGAACGAUUUAAGGAUCUGGAUUGCCUUGAAUUGCAGUAUCCUAAUCUAGAAUGCAGUGGCGCUGAUCCAUUAAUUGCCUGUCCCCACUUGAGAUAUAUGAGAAAAGAAAAUGAGAUAUUACAUCAUGAAAUGUAUCUCGAUCAUCUGAAUUUGCACAAAACUUCCAUUCAAACUUGUUGGCAAAAAGCCCUGACUUUAACCGACAUGGGAUUGUUCUAUCCUCUACAAGACAAUCAUUGGAUUCCAGAAUUGUUCCAUCGAUUAUUCAGUUUGUUGGCCGAAAGAUUGGGUGCAAAAAAUCCUCAAUUUUCAUGUCAUUUGAAGCUUGCGGGAAGUAUGCACGAAGGAACUAAAGUUAAAAUCCCAAACGAGUUUGAUUAUUUAUUCAUUUUGUCACAUUUAUCAAAAUCAUUCGAACCUGUUGAAAAUGAAAAGUACCCAGAAAAUUUUGUGAUGGUGAAACUGAUAUCAGAAGAAGAAAAAAUUACAUAUGCAAAAUAUAUCACGGAAGACGGCUUUCUUGACAGCCAAUUGUUUCUUCUUGAUUUCUAUAAAACUGCGAAUGAAGAGUUGCUCUUGAUUCUGAAGGAACAGGAAUCUUUCAACCAUGUUGCAAUUCUACAAUCUUUGAAAGAAAUAUGGUGCAGUAUCUCGAGUUUCAGAUUUCUAGUGUUCGGACACGAAGCGAAAAUGUUUGAAACAUCGGUAGACAUUGUUCCUGCUCUUGAAUUUGACAAUUGGUUACCGAAAAACUUUCAAAAAUUAGACGAGGUUUUCUGUGAAAACAUCUCGCAAAGUAAUUUUUCAGCGAUCCUGAAGACACCGGAUCGAUUUCAUGUGAAAGAUUUUACUCUGUUUUAUCGAAUCUCAUAUGCGUAUCUGGAGCAGAGCAUCGUCAAAAGUAUCCCAUAUCCAAUUAAAAAGGGAUAUAUCCUUUUGAAAAUCUUAAUAGAAUCGGGAUAUUUCCCGCAAAUUGUGGACCAUGACAAUGGCAGGGCUGUCAAAAGAUACGUCACCACCUAUCACCUGAAAACCUGUCUUCUUCACGAGUGGUACAGCUGUUACAAGACAUCAUCCGGACCGGAAAAAAUGGAAGAACAGAACAAGGAUCAAACGACAAGGGAAUGGGCAGAAAGAAUCGUAAAACGAUACAAACUGAGCAUAGAGAAACGAUUUCUUCCAUCGUUUUUCAAUCCAAAAAAAAACCUGUUCGGCAUUGAGACGAUGAACGACGCGAUGCAAGAACCGGAGAAAUUUGCACAACUUGCAGGGUUGUUGGAGCAUAUACUAAAAGUCGCUAUUUGCGAAAAAGGAUCUGAUGUUAUCUAUUCUCGAGAAGCCCCCCUCUGAAUGAUUCGAUUUUCGAAUUCGGAAGUUACACUAUGUAGGUACAGACGUUGGUGCAAACUACAUUUCUAAAUCUGCAAAAUACAGAGGAGCGAUGUGAAUCACUCGUAGGUUACCGGCUAUGACAGAUAAGAACAACGUUGUAAAAAUGCAAACCAACGUGACUAACUGUCAAUGUGAUUAAAGAUUGCUUAAACGACAUUUCAAAUAUUGCAUAUACAUUUGCAGUUUAUUGUACUAUACGAAUAAAUAAUUUAACAGUUA